AUAAGAAGGGGCUCCGAUCCAGCUGCGCCAUGUAUUAUUUGAGUCGCCGUGUGCUUAUCAUGUUGACGUGCAGCGUGCUGAUCACGACGAUUGUCUUCUUUACCGCGUACGGAGUGUACGGUGCACCCUCGUCCGCGGAGGACCUUUCUGAUGAGAGUGGCGAAUUUCUACACGUGCUGGGUCGACGGCCCGGCCUCGAGCUGAAGCAGGUGCACGUGUUUUUCCGCCACGGACAGCGUACACCGGCCGAUACGUAUCCGAACGAUCCGUACGUGAACUACACCUUCGAACCGUACGACUGGGGACAGCUGACGAAUAAAGGCAAAUACUCAGUGUAUGAACAGAUUGGCAAUUGGUUGCGUGAACGCUAUGGACGGUUUGUCGGUGCAACGUACCGUGCAAAAAAUGUCCACGUACAGACGACUGGCGUUUCGCGAACACAGAUGUCGAUGCAGCUCGUGCUAGCUGGCCUGUUUCCACCCGCAGACACACCGCUCCAGUGGAACCGGCGUCUAAACUGGCAACCGAUACCGUACUUCAGUGAACCGCUUAGCCAAGAUACGCUUUUACUGGUGCGUGUGUCCUGCCCACGAUACACUGAAACGGUUCAGGAAACAUUCAAGCUGCCCGAGGUGGUAACGCUUAUGAACGAAAACAAGCAAUUGUAUGAGAAUCUCACGCUCAUCACUGGCCUGAAGAUAGCGAAUCCGGAUGACAUACAGUCACUGUUCAGUACGCUUAAAGCUGAGUCCGAGUAUGGUCUUAAGCUGCCAGUCUGGACGAAAGCCUACUACCCGGACAAGCUGCUACCGCUAACGAAGAAAAGCUACGCCCUCAACGUCUACACUGACGAGAUGAAGCGUCUCAAGGGUGGUCCCUUCCUGCGCAAAACGCUCAACGAAUGGGAAGCGCUGAUCGCAAAUCCGACUGGCACGCACAAGAAAAUCUUGCUCUACGCCGGGCACGAUUCGACCGUCGUUAAUAUUCUGUCCGCGCUUAAAGUUUGGGACGACACCGUACUCCCGGACUAUGGUGUGAUGGGCGUGCUCGAACUGUAUCGCGAUUCUAACAAUGGGCAGUACUUAGUAACCGUCGGCCAGAAACAGCUCGGACAGAAACUGCAGCGUCUAACGAUACCCGGCUGUACGGAGCUGUGUCCGAUAGAGAAGCUAAAAACGGUCCUACAAACCACUAUACCGACCGACUGGAAGAAAGACUGUGUGGCGAAACAUCCCGAUACCGUUGAACCACCACCAUCGGGACCUUAG